CGGUCCGUAUUGUGUCUGCGCGUGAAGUCAUUGGGGAGAGACGGGAUUAUAGAACUGCUAAACCUGUGAUUAUUUAUCCUGGACCAGUUUCAAAACAAACUGUGACAUGGAGGUCAGCGCUGAGGCCAAGAGGAUCAUGGUCGUGGCUCUGGGGAAACUGUACAGCUCCCGCACACAGCGAGGGGGUCUCCGUCUCCACCGGAGCCUUCUUCUGACUCUGGUGAUGAAAUCCGCAAGGGAUAUCUAUCACGCGGCCCAGACGACGGUAGAGAAUGUUCCGGUGGAGGCUGAACAACAACAACCCGCGGCUGAGAUGACCACCGAGCCAAGUGGCGCUCCGGGGCUCCAGCAUUCUGCCUCUCUUCUCACCGGGCAGACUUCACCUCACCUGCCCGCUGACGCACACAGUCAAAGCAGCGGGGAAAACAAGGAGAACCUGCGAGUCUGUGGACCGACGCAGAACACGCGGAAAAGACGAGGCAAAGCUUCGGCUGAGCCGGACUUCCUGCCCUGCAAGAAGGCAAAACUUGAACAUGGAAGUAGCCCUCAACAGCUCCAUGUUAAUUCCGUGUUGGACUAUGUGAAGUGUAGUAGUAAUCUGGGACCACCGCAAACUCCCAUCCCCCUACAGACAGUCAUAGCAGCGUGUUGAGACUCUGCGGAGAUGGAAGUUUUCCACACCACCGGAUGGGAGCCCGGGUCUGAGCUUGGAUUAACUCCAGGAAAAGUGUGGUCCAAACGCCCCAGACUUGACUGUGAUCUGCCUGGGCUUGUUACCAGCUAUCAAGGAAACAGCUGGUGAGUCCCAGUGACUUCAGGCCUCAUUGUAACUUCAGCUGGCCAAAAGAUGGAACUACAUGGAGCUGCUACCUUUCAUGAACAUUUCCACAAGUGUAUGAACUGUAGUUGCACCAUGCAGCAAGUGUAACAGCGUGUUGACUGAAGAUGGGAGAUGUUUUUUUUAAGUGUAAUACAUUUAGUGACUACAACUACCUCAGUAUUUAUUAAACAUUUUUGUACUUAA